AUGAAGUUUCACAUCUUGACGAUAGCCAGCCUUCUUUCUGGUCUUUCUUCAGCUGCAGCGACAGCACUCGCUGCUCGCGCUGCCUUAACCCAAGUCACCAACUUCGGAAACAACCCUACUGGGCUCGGAAUGUUCAUCUACGUUCCUGGCGCAGUCAUUUGGUCUCCAGGAAUCAUUGUUUCGCUGCAUGGUGCAUCUGGAAAUGCCCAGCAGCAAUUCCAAGAUACGCCUUACGCCACUCUUGGUGAGCAAUAUGGUUUCAUUACCAUUUACCCCGAAUCACCACCCGGUCCUUGGGACGCUACUUCGGCAAAGUCUAUUUUGCAUGAUGGUGGUGGCGAUAGCCAGUCGAUUGCAAACAUGGUGAAAUACGCCAUUGCAACCUAUGGCGCCGACACAAAUAAAGUGUUUAACACACUGGCCGGAACUUAUCCCGAUAUCUUCAAAGCAGCAAUCAUCUACUCGGCAGGUUCUAGAGGUAAAAUUAAGAGUAUGUACCCAGGGUAUACUGGAACUUACCCGAAAGUACAGCUAUAUUUGGGCUCUAAAGAUACUGUUAUUGGUUCUGCUGCCUUUAAUACGACUCUUGCGGCUUGGGCACCAGUAUUUGGCUAUGACACCACUCCUGACGAGGUCCUUACGAACAACCCGGUCCAGGGUUGGACGAAAUACGUCUUGGGUGAUAAACUUCAGGGAAUCUGGGCUCUAAAUGUUGGCCAUCCAGUUUUUACCCAAGGUGGUGAAGAUAUGAAGUGGUUUGGAUUUGCGGCAUAA